AUGAGGAGUGCGGUAGUAUUGCUAUCGCUCGUGGCUGCUAUAGCGGCCGAAGCGCCGUAUCACUUGCCACGUCCUGGCGCUCACGCGCCUGUGUUGAAUUAUCCUGCACCACCAGUCCAAGGUCCACCGGCGCCGCCGCCGCCACCGCCGCCGCCGCCACCACCGCCGCCUCACCAUGCACCACCACCACCGCUGCCUCACCAUGCACCACCGCCACCAGCACCACGACCUCCACAGAUCUUCCCCCAGCCUCUUCCGAACGCUGGCUACCACUACCAGCAACCAAGUAUAGGGCCAGCGUUUGUGCGACCUGCGCCGCAACCGCAGCCCCUCCCUGCAUAUCAACCGCCAGCACCAGCACCAGCACCUUUACCUAACUUCCAGCCACAACAAGUUUAUCCGCAACCUCAACCACAACCACAAUAUAUAGCCCCGCAACCUGCUCCUGUGCCAAGACCACAACCUGCAUAUUUACCACCCCAACCGGCUUACGUGCCGCCUCAACCAGCCUACGUAGCGCCUCAACCAGCCUACGUAGCGCCUCAACCGGCCUACGUAGCGCCUCAAUCGACCUAUGUAGCACCUCAACCGAUCUAUACUGCUCCUCAACCAGCUUACGUAGCACCUCAGCCACAACCCCAAACCCUACCACAACCACAACCGUUACCGCAACUUCAACCCCAAUCAUUACCACAACCUCAACCAGCCCCGAUCUUCCAGUAUCAACAGCAACAGCAACAGCAGUACUCACAGCAAGGAUAUUCGUACCAACAACCACAACCUGCGCCUGCACCACAACCCGCGCCUGCACCACAGCCUGUUCAAGUGCCACUUAACCUACAACCGGUGAGCAGCUUCUCAUCAUCUUCCGCUCUGUCGAGCUACCAGGCUGAUAGCAACCAGUACAAUAUACAGGCUCAGUCUGAUAGCAACCAGUACAAUGUACAAGCUCAGUCUGACACGCACAGCAAUGCCCUCGACAAUAUUGUAGUUGGACGAGUACAAAACAUAAUCAAAGAGAAUGAACAUGCGAUAGCGAAGAGUGCUGGAUAUCAAUCUCUAAUUUCUGGAGUUUCCUUGGAAAGUGCAAGACCAAGUGUUGAGAUUUUAUCAUUCACACACAAUUCCCCUCUAACUUCAGUUGGAUCGUCCUCCCAAGGGUCAUCUUCAAUAUCCUCUGGGUCCGUGAGUGCUCCAUCAUCUAACUACGGUUUGCCUUCGGGUUCUGGGAGUCAAACAGUAGGCCAAGCUGAAAGUUCAAGUUCCAGUCUUAGUUUCUUACCCGAUACUAAACCUGCCACAUCAUACGGCACACCAAACUAACCUCAUAGAAGUAAAUAAAUUGUAAAUAAAUAAAUGAUAAUAUUUUGAUACUGUAAAUAAUAAACGACAAUUAUAAU